AUGAAGAGAAAAUUAAAUAACAUACUCAAAAAAUAUAAUAAACAAAGAAAAGAACUAGCAAAAGAAAGAUGGCAAAAGGAAGAAAAAGUUGAAGGAAAUGUUAAAAAGAAUGUUUGGAUAAAUGUUGAAGAGGAUAUUGAGACGAAUAUUGAGGGGGAUGUUGAGACGAAUGUUAAGAAGGAUGUUGAGGUAAAUAUUGAGAAGAAUGCUAAAAUGAAUAUUGAAGUAAAUGUUGUUAUAAAUGCUAAGAAGGAUGUUGAGAUGAAUGUUGUUAUAAAUGCUGAGAAGGAUGUUAAGAUGAAUGUUAAGAAAGAAGCUGAAGAAGAAAUUGCGCAAGAUUUAGAAGAGGAUAGUGAGCUUGAUAUGAAGGAGGAUGAUGAGAACAGAAACAAUAAAGAUCAAAAGACACAUGAACACUUACUUACUUUUGGUGCCUCUAGCAUUCUUAUCAAUACAGCUAAAGAAAUUUAUAAGAUUACAAGCUUUUUUAAAGCUGCAAAUGCAUCUUCAAUGAAUGAAGUAUUACCUAUCAUGGCAUAUGAAGGAAUCAACCAACUUCAUGAAUAUUUGAUAAAAAAUAGACAUUUAAUUACAGCCUCUGAAUAUAAUGAACAUUAG